UAUGACCUGUGGCUUUUUGUAAUACACAAAAAUAUAAAGAGAAGAAAUGUCAAAAGUUUUAUUUUGAUUGUUAUGAAAUUAAUUAAAAUAUAUUUAAUAUUAAAAUGAGUAUUAUGAUGUACAUGCUUCGGCAAACGAAGACAGUUCUAUUUAAUCCUGCUGUGGCUGUAACAGAGGCAUUCAAUUUGCGCUUUUCCUCGAAUGAGAAAAUUAGUCCCCGAAUGCGAGAAUUCAAGGAGAAAUUGCGAGAAAAGACGCCAAUAGGUAAGCUAGACCAACCGUUAGGGAAGCAUCCCUAUGAGGAAAAGGAGCCCCUCGAACCUUGGCCAGAAAACACUAAUCCCCAUACCGGGGAAAUCGGAGGCCCCAAAGGUCCUGAACCAACAAGAUACGGAGACUGGGAAAGAAAGGGCAGAGUAACUGAUUUUUAGCUGAUAUAGUGUUAAUAGUUGUUUUGUUAUAAAUAAAUAUUUUACUUAUUUGAAA